UGUAUAUGUCACCGUAAAAUUGUAAAUAACGUUAGAUUAUAAUCUAUCUCGUGAGAUUGUGAACUGUCGAAAAAUUGUGAAUCGUAACAUAUUGCUUACAAUUUAACGCAUUAUUUUUCGGUAGAUUAUAAUUUAUCGAAGUGAAACCGUCAAAUUGUGAAACGAAACGCACCUUGCGCGCUGAUUGGUUGAACGGUAUAUGCCCCGCGCCGCCAUGUUUGUUUCUUAAUUCGUUUGUUGUCGAAUGUAAACAAACAGUGUUUUGGUGAUUAUAAAUUGAUUUCGUGCCGAAAAUAACUCACAGUAUUAGAAUUCGUUAUAUUAAAUUAUUGUGAAAGUGAAAUGAAUCUGUGAUUAACAAAAUAAGAGAAGUUUGAAUGAUAAAUAAGUUAGUGUUAGUCACCGAACAUAGUCUAAAUUCUUACAUACAUUUUACGUGUUUUAAUAUUUUUAUGCUUGUGAAUCAAUGUGAACUUAUUUAAUAACAUUUAUAAUGUCGGAUAUUCAGCCUGUCCAUCAACAAAGCUCAGAAAUACCAGCUAUUGUUAAUCAGGAUGAAUUUACCAUAGAAUUACAAAACUAUUACAGUGGGCAUAAUGAAAAUAGUAAAAAAUUACAAUGGACAAAUCAAAGAAUACAAAGUGUGAUUAAAUUGUUAGACGAGUACAACACAAUAAAAUCUCAAGGUAAGCGACCUACAACCAAGCAUUACCAUCAUGCAAGAAAAUACGAUGUAAUGAAUAUUGGUAACCAGAAAGUUUUAAUAAUGAAGAGAAAGGAUAUCUCUGAUCCUGUAGUACAAAUAAUUCCAAUGGAUGAGUAUUAUCAAAAGAUACUCGACGCACAUAUUGCCACUGGACAUGGACGUCGAGACAAAAUUGUUCACACCUUGAAAGAUAAAUAUGUGGUGCCAAUAUUUGCGGUUUCAAUAUUCCUAAAUUUGUGUAAAACAUGUCUAGCAAAGAAAAGCUUUCCAAAAAAAGGAAUAGUCGUAAAACCGUUGAUUUCUGACGACUUCAAUCGAAGGGGACAAAUAGAUCUUGUAGACUUCCAAACGUCUCCAGAUCAAGAAUAUAAAUGGUUGUUACAAUAUCAGGAUCAUUUAACAAAAUUCUGUUUUUUGCGACCAUUAAAAAGCAAACAGGCUAAAGAAGUGGCAAUCGAAAUUCUUAAGAUUUUUUUGGAAGUUGGCUGUCCACAUAUCCUCCAAAGUGAUAACGGACGCGAGUUCACAGCAUCUGUGCUUAAAGAAAUAGUCAGUUUGUGGCCUGCUUGUAAAAUAAUUAAUGGAAGACCCAGAUAUCCGCAAAGCCAAGGAAGUAUAGAGCGUUCAAAUCAGGAUAUAAAAAAUAUGAUUCGAGCCUGGAUGACAGAUAAUAAAUCUACUAAUUGGUCCAUUGGGUGCUAUUUCGUUCAGUUCCAAAAAAAUUCAUCUUACCAUUCAACAAUAGCUCGAUCUCCAUAUAAAGCCUUGUUUGGUGAGGAUCCAAAACUUGGACUCUCAUCCACCUACUUAUCUAAAAAUAUAAUAUUCAAAUUAGAAAAUGAAGAAGAUUUGCAAAAAUUGUUUGAAGAGAUUAAUAACAACAAAGAACAAAAUUCAGAAAACGAUCAAGAAGACAACAAAGAACAAAAUUCAGAAAAACAUCAAGAAGACAACACAGAACAAAAUUCAGAAAAAGAUCAAGAAGACAACAAAGAACAAAAUUCAGAAAAACAUCAAGAAGACAACACAGAACAAAAUUCAGAAAAAGAUCAAGAAGACAACAAAGAACAAAAUUCAGAAAAACAUCAAGAAGACAACACAGAACAAAAUUCAGAAAAAGAUCAAGAAGACAACAAAGAACAAAAUUCAGAAAAACAUCAAGAAGACAACACAGAACAAAAUUCAGAAAAAGAUCAAGAAGAGGAAGAACAGGAAAACGUAAAUACAAUAAAUAUUUCAAAAAUUGACACUCUGAACAUUGAACAAGAAGAAAUAACCGCAGCAAGUCAUGAAAUAAUUAUGUUGGAACAAGUUAACACUGAAAACAAUCCUAAACUACAUUCUGCUUUACAUGAGAAUUUACCUGUAGUUACAGAGGUUAUUAUUCAUAAACCAGAUAAUAUGCAGGAAAAAACAUCUUUAAAAAGUACGAAUAGCAUAAAUUCAGAAAAUCAAGGGAAAGUAGAUGAAAAUAUUUACAAAGUAUCUGAAGCUUAUACAUGUACCAAAUGCAAGAAAAUAGUUCAGGCCAUAUGUGGAGUCGUAUCUGAGGAAAAUGAGGGCUAUGGAUCGCAAUUGCUUUGCAAUUUGUGUGUGAAUGAACGUAACAUCGUACAAGAAAGAACACAAUCACACAUAAAUUUAAAAAGAGCGGCAGAUAAAAUGUUAUCCACAUCGUCUAAGAAAUUUAAAGAUAUCAGUACUGGUUCAACUGUAUUAGUUGAGGUUCCAAAAGUUGAUAGAGGACCUUUGGACAGUAAAAACUUGAUUGGAAAAGUUUUAAUGAAAAAGAACGAGUUAUAUCAAGUUGGUACUGCUUCUGGCAUAAUCAAAGAUUGGAUGCCUCGAAAUGCUCUUCUUUCCUGUCCAAAUGCAGAACUACUCAUUGACAUUCCAGAGGUUACAUUACCGUUGAGAACUGUUGCAUCAAUGUCUUCAUCAUUUGGCGGACAAGGGAUGAAACAAUGCAAUUGCAAAAAAAAUAAAAAUGGACAAUGCGUUUCCAAUAAGUGUAAUUGCAAAAAAGCCAAUGUUCUUUGUAACUCCAGGUGCCACAGUUCGUUGACAUGCAACAAUAAAUGAACAUUUUUAUUGGUGCAAUUUACUUUUAUUUUCUAAUAGAUAAUUUUGUUACGUUUUCUAAACAUUAAUUCAUGUAUUAGAAUUGUUUUUUAAAAUUUUAAUUUUAUUUUAUGAUCGUUUUUUUCUAACAGAAAACGCAUUAUUUUUUUCAAUUUUAAUUUGUGUUUGAGGAGAAAACAUUGUUACGUUUCAGAUUUUUUAUUUUCAUACAUUUUUUUCUUAUCAUGUGAUGUCAGAAUUAUUGAUUACCUACUAAAUAAUAAAUAAAUACUUGAUGUCCCAAUUCUUGAAGUGCUUUUUUUUUGUUUUGGUUUUCCCCGAAGGGUAAGGCACAACACCACUUCGUAUUAAUUAUUUAGAUUAUUCAAUGAAGAAAGCAACUGUCCCGUUCCCGUUUCCCGCCAAAAAGCCAUAAAUACUUGAUGUUCCAAUUCUUGAAGUGCAUUUAUUUUAUUUGACUGGCACCUGUAUUUUAUUCCUAACUCUAUGGACACAGAACCGUCUACUGUAAGGCCGACCAAUCAGGGACAGCCGUCGGACAGUUGACAAUUUGACGAUUGUAAGAUUGUGAUUUAACAAUUUCACUUCGAUAGAUUAUAAUCUGACGAAUAAUAAUACGUUAAAUUGUAAGCAGUAUAUUACGGUUCACAAUUUUUCGACAGUUCACAAUCUCGCGAGAUAGAUUAUAAUCUAACGUUAUUUACAAUUUUACGGUGACAUAUACAA